AUGAGUCGCACCGACCUCCUUCACGCCUACCGGCACCUGUAUCGCAGCGGGCUGCGAGCAGUCCACUAUUCCUAUCCUGCUCGUUGGGAAAUUCGAGACAUUCUGAGAGAAUGCUUCCGCUCACAAUCUAAGGCGGCAUUCAAUGCGAGACGGAUCGGCAACACGUUGGAGUUUCUAGAAAAAGCACGUCUUUUCAAUGGUACUGAGCACAAGAUAUUGAAGAAUCUGCUACAUGUGAAGUUCUGGAAGAGCAAAGGUCUCAAUCAUUACCUAAUGAAACAAUCCAAUGCCGACUAUGCAAUUGCUACCCGGCGCAAUGUAUGGCGACAGUAUCAAGCUACCUUGACCAUGCUGAAUGAGAGUCUGGAUAUUUGCCUUCAGCUCGGAGCCGAGGUCAAAUAG